CUGCGCCCAUAUAAAGUGUACAAAGUGCAAGCGUUAGUUACCGGCGAUCACGACCGCCGGCGAAUCUUCUGCCGUUGGUUAUUAGACCAACAACAACGUGUGCCUGGUUUCAUUGAGCACGUCAUCUGGAUGGACGAGUCAACAUUUACCAGAAACGGCCUGUGGAACCGAAGAAAUACACACGUGUAUUCAGAGGUUAACCCGCACGCUGUUCGACAAACCGGGCACCAAACCCGAUGGUCGGUUAACGUAUGGGCAGGUUUAUUUAAGAAUCGCAUACUAGGACCAGUGUUUCUGCCACAGCGACUUAACGGACAGCGAUACCUGAAAUUCAUAAAUGAACAGUUGGUGGACAUUUUAGACGACCUAUCGUUGGCUGAAUAUCGCCACACAUGGCUCCAGCAUGAUGGUGCCCCUCCACAUGUCGUGAGGUUAGUCCGUGAGCGCCUCAAUGAGCUAUUUGAUGAUCGCUGGAUCGGCAGACUAGGACCACACGCUUGGCCACCUCGCUCACCAGAUCUGACCCCGUUGGACUUCUUUCUGUGGGGGUAUGUGAAAGAAAGGGUUUUUAAUCGCGAGUGUGAUAGUGCUGAUGAAAUGCGCCAAAGGAUCGUGGAUGUUUUCGACAAACUACGUACGGACUGUGUCGAAGACCACACGAUGAUGCCCCGCCUGCAUGAGGAGAUGCAAAACCGAGCCCAAAUCUGCCUUGAAAUGAAUGGAGCACAAUUUGAGCCGCAUCUCAUAAGACCACGGAGGAUUUAG